AUGCCAAGUUUAGAUAAUUCAGUUCGCAACUAUCUUUUUCAAAAGGAUCCAAUUGAAUAUCAAAAGCAAACUGAAGAAUUUUUUGUGGUAACUGCUGUUCAUCGAUUAGACAAAGUAACUAAAGGUUUAGUAAUUUAUCCUAAAAACUCGGUUGCUAAACGAAUACUGUAUCGAGCAAUUGCUGAUAAAACCCAAAUUACUAAAAAAUAUUUGGCUUUGUGUGAAGGUUCUUUCAAGAAAAAUUUGCCAAAUUAUGUUAGUGGUUAUUUAAGAAAAGAUUCUCGAGCACAGAAAAUGGUUUUUACUUUAAAAAAUCCGGAUUCGGAAGCUCAACAUUGUGCUUUAGAAAUUAAAAAAAUUAUUCAGAAAAAAGUUUCUUUUGAUUUAUUUCAAAAAAUUACUUCUGAAUAUCAAAGUUCAAUAUUAUUAGAAGUCACUCUACAUACUGGAAGAAAACACCAAAUCAGAAGCACUUUAUCUUUUUUUGGUAUGCCGAUUAUUGGUGAUAAAAAGUAUGGCAAGGAUUUACAAAAAGAUUUAGUGGAAGCCAAAAAGGAGCAAAAGAGUAAAAAUGGAGUUUAUGGGACUUGGGGGUAUGGACAAGAUAUUGAAAUUUUUCCGGAGGAAUUAGAACCUAACGAUUGGCAAGAAAUUGAAGGUUUAAUUCAACAAAUAAAAGAGUUGGAAAAGAAAAAGGAAGAAAAAAAACCAGACCAAGCCCAAAUCGAUCAAAAUUCUAGUGACGUUCGCUAUGUUUUUCGAGGUAUGGAAAAUGGUCAAGAGUUUUAUUUAGUCUUUCCUAAAAAUCACCCAAUAAUAGCGAGUCUCCCUGAUCACAAAGAAAUUCCUAAUCAAAAACAAGACAAAGUACUUGUCCUAAUUGAAGGAGUUGAACAUAUUUCAUUUCAAUCAGAGAAAGAAAAUAUAGAUAAUCCAGAAAAGCCAAAAACAGAACUAUCAGCAGAAAAUAAAAAGGCUUUAAAGAUAGUAGUUUUGCAACGCGGUUAUUGUGUCGUUACUUAUGAUGCUCGAAAUCACGGCGUUUCUAGUAAAUUUUCAACCAGUUUAGGUCAAGUAGAGGCGUGUGAUUUGCAAGAUAUUAUUAAUUACAUAAAAGAGGAAUAUCAGCCGGAAAAAAUAGGUCUCUACGGCUUUUCAAUGGGAGCGGCAACUUGUCUUUUUUGA